CGAGCUGCCAUGGCGAGCGGGGUGGCCGCCUGCGUCCUCUCGGUCCUGGCCCUUGCCUGGCGCGGCGGCGCUGCAGAAACUGAAGAAGUGGCAGUCGGCGAACUGAACGGGGAAGUGUCCCUCCGAUGCUGGAACGCGUCUUCUCAAGUGUUGUUGGUGCAAUGGUUUCAAGGCGAGCCAGGUGCGAUUCCCAUGCUCUUCUCCUCGGAUGGAAAGCUGCCUUCCGACAGCCGCUUGUCCCUAGUGGGAAACAGCUCCCUACACAUUUCCGGAUUGCGUUUGGAGGACGAAGGUCAUUAUGUGUGCAGAGAGAUACUGGCCGAGACCAACCAUACCCACAAGAUCCAGUUACUGAUGGCCAGUGGACCAAACCAGAUGGAGGUCAGCAUAUCUCCCACCGGGACAUUGCCAAAUGGCACCCUUUAUGCCAAAAGACAUGGCGUCUUGAACUUCACCUGCAGCAGUGACUCUUGGCCUGAUUCGGCCACUAAAUGGGAUUUUAACCCACUUGGUUCCGCGCAGGAACCGUUCACCGAUGUCAACGGCUCGCGGAGUUCUUUCGUGCUACAGAACGUCAUGCCCAACUACCAAGGGAAUUACUCGUGUCUGGCCACCAACUUGUUGAGCCAACGUCAGAAGUCCGUCAUCCGUGAACUCCUGGUCUACUAUCCCCCACCGUCGUCACCGAAAUGUCGGGCCGAGACCUCCACGGACAAUUCUCAGGAGGUCCGACUGUCGUGCAGCUGGCCGGGGGGCUACCCAUCCCCUACGCUCCAGUGGAUCAACUCGGAGGAUCUAGUCAUGGAUUCCAAUACUACCUACCUUGCAAACGAUACAGUGGUGUCUCUGCGAGGAUCGCGCCAGCUUUGGGGCAAGGAUUUUACCUGUCGCGGAAGCCAUAUUGCGAAUGAGAAGGGAAACCAGAAUUGCACCUCGCGCUUGGAGAGGCCCUCGGUCAUGUCCAACCCGAUGAAGAGCUGCUUUGUGGGGAGAUCCGUAGAGAUGACUUGUGAAUUGACAGCCGGCAACCCACUUGCGAGGAUCACCUGGCUACGCAACCUCUCCAAGGUGGAAGUAGAGAUCAGGUCAGGGGGGAGGUUUCUCGUCAGCCAAAAGGACGGGGUCUCUACCCUUCUCAUCCAGAACUGCUCCACCAGCAGAGACCAAGGAUACUACAUCUGCAAAGCUGAGAACCCCCUGGGCCUGAGAGAGGUGUAUGUCCACCUGAAGGUGACAGAGCCUGUGAACGUGGCUGGCAUUGUGGGGUCCGUUGUAGUCCUUUUAUUGUUGGGAGUUCUGGUCUUUUCUGGAAUCCUUCUCUACGCAGGACCUGAGGUGUGCCUCAAAGUGAGCGUGCUUCGGAAUCGAGAUGCAGGUGACAUCCUUGAACUUAUGGACUCAGAAGAAGAAGAUCUGUACUUGGAGUCCACCAUCGAACCGUCGUUACAUCAGAUGGAAAGGAUAGGAAACGGAUGUUCUACCAGAUCUACCGAAAGAGAGCCCCUCCUCGUGGCCGAGCUCAAGCCGGGACGACCCCAACACCGUGACUGGAAAUCCAGCUGUGAGACCUGGAGUGUUGCCUUCUCCGCCGACGGGACCUGCUUUGCCUGGUCACAGGGCCACUGCGUGGUCAGGUUGCUCCCGUGGCCUCUACAGGGGACUGAGCCCCACGGCAAAGCUUUGGAACCCAAGAACCAGUGUGCAAAAACCAAGGCCAAGGGUUAUGGCGGGACCAAGGAGAAGAGCUUGGAAUGUGGGCAGAUUGUCUGGGGUCUGGCUUUUAGUUCGUGGCUGCCGUCCCAACCACAUAAGUAUCGCCACAGGAAGGACACCUCUCCUUGCUUGAUCCUGGCCACGGGUUUACAUGACGGGCAGAUUAAAGUCUGGGAAGUAGAAACAGGGAACUUGCUUUUUCACCUUGUGGGGCACCAAGACGUGGUGAGGGAUUUGAGCUUUGCACCCGGCAACCCUUGUUCCAUUCUCGUCUCUGCAUCCCGAGACAAAACGCUUCGAGUUUGGGACCUCGGUCAAAACGGGAAGCAAUUGAAAGUGCUUUCUGGACAUUUGCAGUGGGUUUACGGUUGCUCCAUCUCUCCCGACGGUCAGAUGCUCUGCUCUGUGGCCGGAGAGAAAUCGGCUCUGCUCUGGAGUAUGAAGUCCUAUGGCCUGCUGCGGAAACUUGAGGGUCACCAAGGCUGUGUCGCGUCUUGUGACUUUUCUCCAGAUUCUGCUCUUCUUGCCACUGCUUCCUACGACACCUGCGUGAUCCUCUGGGAUCCCUGUACGGGGGAGAAGCUACGGUCCCUUUGGCAUGUUCCUUUGCAACCUGCAGUGGACCAAGGUGGGAACUUCCACACCAGCUCCCUGAGGUCUGUGUGCUUCUCACCUGAAGGCCUCUACCUGGCCACGGUGGCAGACGACAGGCUCCUCCGGAUCUGGGCAUUGGAGAUUGAGAAUCCUGUUGCUUUUGCUCCUGUGAGAAAUGGUCUCUGCUGCACUUAUUUUCCACAUGGUGGGAUCAUCGCAACGGGGACCAGAGAUGGUCACGCCCAAUUUUGGACAGCUCCCCAGGCUCUGUCUUCUCUGAAGCACUUAUGUCGGAAAGUUCUCCGCGGCUGCUUCACUAGCUACCAAGUCCAGGCGCUCAGCAUUCCCAAAAAGAUGAAGGAAUUCCUCACCUACAGGACUUUAUGACGUUGGCCCAAAAGGAGGUGCUGCUGUGACCCGUCCAUUUCUCGCCUGGCCUUGUGUUGGGCACGCAAGACAAAACUUUGGGAUGUCAAGCAAGGAAGCAGCAUCAUUUCCUAGCUGAGAAAAUGACCAUGGACGCUGUUGGCAAAUUCUCUUUUUUUUCCUGAACUAGAAAUCUUAAGAGAGUUUUUGGCAUACUAAAAUUUGCCAGUUAUCCUUCCAGGUUUAGAGUUACUGGAAUGCGGGUUUGACACCCACAGCUGCCUCUCCGACAUUUAAAAAAAUAUUAAUAAUACCACCUCAGGAUACAGAAAGAAUCAAUGAUAAAGAGUGUCAUUGUUUAGUCAGCCAGAGGCAACUUUUUUGGUCCUUCUAGAGUUGCUUUUGGUUCCUUUUUUUUGUCCGUUGUCUAGGAAGGGAAAAAAGUCAGGUUUGGAUCUUCUCCAGGAAUGCAAACGUGGGAUUUGAAAUCUUUCCUCCAUCAAUAGGCUACUGGAUGCAGCUUUAAAGCUUGUGCCGUUUACGGGGAGAUGGAAAUCAAAAGCUCUUGAUAUUUUUUUUUUUUGCUGGCUUGAACGGGGAAACACUUUGUCAAUAAAAUAAGCCAGAGGUACGUAUCAAGAUUAAUGAUCUCAGAACAGUUUGGGGUGUCCCGUCCCCCACCAAAGACCAGAGCGCAAAAACGGUCAAAGAUGGAUAAGCGACGAGAAAUUUCUUGUGUUCGGAACAUAACACGAAACCAAAGAGAAGUAUUGGUGAUAUUUUGGAAGACCUAGGACAGUGAUGGUUAACGUUUUUCUUGUGUGGCAAAAGUGCGCGCCAGAUCCCAUAAGGCAAUGCGCACACCCGUGUGUGCGCGCAUGACUCUCCACGCUUCCCCGCCCCACACACAUGCACACUCAACCCCCCGUGCUCCCCCCGCCCGCAACUCCCCCUGCCCCCCAUUUUUGGCCUAGUAGGCCUCCCUGCAGCCUCCUGGGCCCAAAAGCAGGCUGUUCGGGGGGGCCACCCUCCCUGCCCCCCAUUUUUGGCCUAGCAGGUCUUCUUGCAGCCUCCUGGGCCCAAAAGCGGGCUGUUCGGGGGGGCACCCUCCCUGCCCCCCAUUUUUGGCCUAGCAGGUCUCCUUGUAGCCUCUGGGCCCAAAAGCAGGCUGUUCGGGGGGGGGAACACUGCACACCCCCCUGCGCAUUUCCUCCUGAUCAUGCACAUGCAUCUCCUGCAUGCGCCCCGCCCCCAACGCAUCCUGAAAAUCAGCCGGCCGGCAGGAGGUGCGUGCGCGCAUGCGUGGUGGAGCUGAGCUGGGCGAUGGCUCGCGUGCCCACAGAAAAGUAUAGUUUCGCCAUCAGGGACCUAGGAAUUCCCCCGAUGUGGGGAACGUGCAAAUUUUUGCACCAUGAAAGAGUUUAAUAAGUGGCCUGGCUUGUUAAAUUGGGAGACCGGAUGUGAAGAAUUUUAGGGUGGGUGGAAAUCGAAGAGAGUUUGUUCUCUGCCCAGCUGGUGUAAAUUAUUCUGGAUGGGAGAUCUGAAUCUAUCGGACGGUUAGUCCGAGAUGAUGGUUAGUAUAAGGAAAUUCUUCAAUCUAAAUCUAAAUUUAGGCAUUUCCUUAUAGUAAGAGCUGUCAGCCAGUGGAAUAGCCUGUGGAACGGUAGUGGGGAACAGUUGUUCCUAGUUACUUGAUGUCUUUAAACAGAAUUCAGCUGCAAUUAGACUAAACAACCUCUGAAACUUUCUUCCAACUACACUGUUGUAUGAUCCUUUCAUAUAAAUGAAUUUAUUUUAAACAAGAUUGGUAGAUGGGGUGGGGAAUCAGGGUGCAGCUUAAUGAGGUGGCUAAUGUGAAUGUAUUUUGAGACAUUUUGAACCCAAUUAUACAAUUCCGGAGACGUAAUAAAAAAGAACCAUCGUUCUGAA